AGCGUGCGCCGCCCGCCCGCCCACUUGUCGUCCCUUCCAGGGGCCGUUGUCUGGUUCAAUGACUAGCAGUACAAACUAUAAGCUGCACUGUACGAUAAAUAGAUGGAGAGACUUGCGGUAGAUUUCACAAUAUUCCUUGAUCACUAGUUGAUACCGCUCAUCUGUGAUCCAUUACAUCUACUGAUCUUCUAUUUAUUUCAAUGGCUUGCAUUUCGACGACAAGAGGUUUUCUUUCACGUAUCAAACUUUUGCUAAUUAUUAUUAGUUUUGGCUCUCUUGUCAUUUGGAUGAUAAUGGGUAAUGCACAAAAUCUUGUACCGGAAGUCAGCCGUCAAUCUAUGAUAAAUACCUUUUGGAAGAUGACAAAACUGGAUCAAGAAAGGAUGACAUCAAUGAUAACUCCAAACAUAACUCCGUCUCCAAAUUAUCUGCCAUUGUGCCCACUAUUAACACCAUACUUGCGUGGUUCAACAAAGUUAAUAUUUGAUACACGACUCACCUUGGAACGAACUCAGAAGAAGAACCCUAAAGUACAGAGAGGAAUGUUUGCCCCUCAAGAGUGCCAUUCACCUCAACGUGUGGCCAUACUGAUUCCGUUUCGGAAUCGGGAAAAACAUCUCCUGUAUUUACUGGAGCAUUUGCACCCAUUUCUGCAGCGACAGCUUCGAGAUUAUGGGAUAUACAUCAUCAAUCAGGCUGGUAAGGAUGUGUUUAAUCGAGCCAAGCUAUUGAACGUGGGUUUCCUGGAAGCGUUGAAGGAACGCAAGUGGGAUUGUUUCAUCUUUCAUGAUGUUGAUCUUAUACCAGAGAAUGACUACAACCUGUACACCUGUGACCAGGAGCCAAAGCACUUUGUUGUGGGUCGGAAUUCUACUGGAUAUAGGUUACACUACAGGGCAUAUUUUGGUGGAGUGACAGCAAUGUCCAGGGAGCAAUUCUUAAAAGUCAAUGGGUUCUCAAACCGUUACUGGGGCUGGGGAGGAGAGGACGACGAUCUCUGGAGCAGAGCUCAGCUGCAAAAAAUGAAACCGGUGAGGCCAGCCCCUGAAGUUGCCAGAUACACGAUGACUUUCCACACAAGGGACAAAGGAAAUGAAGCCAAUCGUAAUAGGGUGAAGCUUCUAAGAGAAGUCUCUAAAGCCUGGAAGACAGAUGGUUUGAACUCGUGCUUCUACAAUACGAUAUCACAAGAUCAUAGGCCUUUGUACAUUAACAUCACAGUGGACAUAGGUGGACCCCAUCGCAAACCGGAAAUUACCAAACGGAGUGAACCUAAUCUUGUUGGUGGCGUUUAGAUUAUUGGCUGUUCUUCAGCCACUGUACUGAUUCUCAUUUUGAGCUAAAUGAUCAGAUCUUUGAGUUGCUAUACCUGCAAUAACUCCUAUAAGUGACGUUUUGUAUGUUACCAGCGAAUCAACCCAUCUGAGGUGUGUGUAUACAAUGAGUUUUUUUAAACUCAAAGCAGUGAAUCUGCUGGAUAAUAUAGUUGGGCUAACACAGCAAAUAGAUAUUGCUCAAGUACUACAUUAGAUCAUAUUUAAUCAGAGUUUAGUGAAGUUCUAGGUUGAAACCUUCAAAUUUCUACCGAAUGGUGCUUCAAGAUGGGGACUCGCCAGCACCACUUUGGUUAGACAACAAAUGCGAUGCCUAUAGCCCAAGUAUGAAUAAUACAUGUUUUUGUUUUAACUUGCAGAGAGGUUUUGGAUGUGAUGUGGUAUCAUAUUUCCUUUUGCGAAAACCUGUCAGCUCUUUGCUACACAAUUGGCAAAUCUCCAUGUAACUUGAACUCUCCAACAUCACCUCUUUCCAAAGCAUCAGAUCAUGGGAAAGGCCUGCACACUAGUUAGUGGUCAUAUACUUCUGUUGUGAAGAAAUCAAAGUCACUUCAACUUGUGCAUGCAUAUCAAUCUGAUUACAUAUUUAAGUGAUACAAAAUCGAUCUACAUGCAACUUUCAGAAAAACACAUCUGAUGCCCACUUUUUUGUUUUCUUUUUUCAUUCUGUUUAUAUAUAAUUCUGAACAAAAUGUGGGUUAAAGUACACAAAAUGUGGCAUAAGGACUUCUACGCCUUAUGUACGAGUGGGCACAUUGGGUCAAUCUUAAAUUGGUAGGAAGCAAGUGAAAUUUGCAUAAUGCAGGCUUUUAUAUAGAUUGGGGAAAAGUGAGUAAGUUUUCUCUGCAAAAAUAUUCCUCUUGCAUUUUCCUGGAAUGAAAUGUGAAGAGUUCAUUGUCCUGCUGACAUGACAUUGGUACAGUGUGAUAAGUAACAGAAAGAUAGAGCAACUAUCUGAACCUUGCAUCAUCCUUAGAAAGAGGACAGGAAGCAAGAAACUGACUGCUGUAAAUUCUAUAUUGUUCUUGUCUCUUGUAAUUGGACUGUGGGUUACGGAUUUGUACCUAUGGCUGGGUGCUUGGCUGUGUAACUGCAUUUUAGCAUUCAGUUUGACUGUUGUGGAUAAUCUCUGAUGUCUGCCACAGGUCAUUUGCAUUUACCAAUUAAUAAGAGAGCUAGUUUUCUGUACCUUAACUUAAAUGCGUUCUUGUAAACAUAUUCGCAAAGAAGGUAAGGGUAUAACUAGAAUACCAUCCCUUAAAAGUGCCCUAGGUCAAUAUAUUGAUCGAAGAACAAGACUUGUAUGGCACACACUACAUCUGAGUGACAUGGUUAAUUUAUACUAAAUCAGGAACACAUGUUGGCCCCAAGGUUGCUUGGAGCUAGACUGAGCUUUCCCAAUUUGUGCGAGGACAUGCGUUCCAAUGAGAAGGAUCAAAAGGUAAAUAAUAGUCUGAAUGGAGACAGAUGGCCAUUGCAUACAGAGUGCAGAUGCUUGACAAAGUGUUUGCCUGAUCUGAGCUUGAUCUCACUAAUGUAGAGGAGGCCAUAAAAUAUUCCAAUUCUGCUUUGCCUUUGCUGUGAAGUUGAUUCAGGUCAGAAUUCAUGCUCUUUUUAUGAGGGUUCCAGAAAAACUUGAAACAUUUCAAUAUUCAAGUACAAUUAUGCAAAGCAGAGAUUAGCAUCCAGUUGAGAUAAUGUAUUGCUUCAUUCGAAAUUAAGCAGAAACUCUGUUGCUUAUAUUUGGAUUAUGUGUUAUUUUGAAUGUGGUAAUUGGCAUAUUUUGCAGAUAUUUAAUGUCUGAUCACUUCUAUUGGUGCUGGUACAAAGUGGAUUCGUUAAUUGAUUCUACUGGCAUCACGUGAGAUGAGGUUUGUUGGAGCAUAUUGGGCAAUUUGCCUUGAGUUCACCAUGAGCAUUUGGAGCUGGCCGAAAGUCUGAUCAGGCUUUGAGUCAUUUUGGUCUAUUCUCUGACCACCUGCUUCAGGUGUAUGUUGUCAUCAUGGCUCAGAUUUUUUUACUCCAGUGUGUAGUUCCUAUAUUACAGUUGGGGAUGAAGGAUGAUUUAGAAAAAUAGAUAUUACCCCUGCAGAAUUUGUAAAUCACUGCCCAGUACUUGGGAUGCAGAAUAAAAUUCACACUAGUUGAAUUUAUUUUGGGGUGGGGAAAAGUAAAUGCCAGUAAGGGAAACACUGGCGCAAUGGUAGAGUUGCUGCCUUAUAGUGCCAGUGACCCAGGAUCGACCCUGUCUACGGAUUCUGUCUGUACGGAGUUUUUUGGAUGGUCUCCCUGUGACAGCGUGGGCUUUCUCCAGGUGCUCCGAUUUCCUCCCUCACUCGAAAGACAUGCAAGUUUGUAUGUUAAUUGGCUUCUGUAAAUUGUCGCAGACCCGGUAGAUCGAAGGGCCUGUUUGCACUCUGUAUCUCUAAACUAAGCACUUUUCUUUUCCAACUUGCGUUUUAAUGCCUGCACAGUUGGUGGAGUAUCCACUUCAUGUCAUCUCAUCACUAUUGAAACAGAUGAUAUAGAUUUUAGAAAGUAUUUUAGAAAAUUAAAACAAUUGUACUCAUCCAUGAACAGGCUGCAGGUAUUAAGUUACUUUCCAGUCAAAAUGAAAGCCUGUAGGAAGGGACUGCAGAUGCCAGUUUAAACUAGACACAAAAAGCUAGAGUAACUCAGCAGGUUUGGCAGCAUCUCUGGAGAAAAGGAAUAGGUGAGGUUGUGGACUGUCCUUCAGACUGUCAUGUGAAGGAAAAUGAGAGAUAUAGAUGGUGAUAUUGAGAGAUAUAGAACAAAUGAAUGGAAAAUAUGCAAAAAAGUAACGAUCAAUGAAAGGGCGAACUCACAAUGGUCUAUUGUUGGCUGUGGGUUAGGUGAUAACGAGUUAUAUGGACAAUUAAACCUAACUGGAUGACAGUGAAAUUAGUACGACGACUAGAGUGGGGGACGGGCAGGGGGAACGGAGAGAGAGAGAGGGGAUGCAAGGGUUACUUGAGGUUGGAGAAAUCAAUAUUCAAACAGCUGAGUUGUAAGCUGCCCAAGCAAAAUAUGAGGUGCUGUUCUUCCAGUUUGCAUUUGGCCUCACUGACAAUGGAGGAGGCCCAGGACAAAUGGGUCGGUGUGGGAAGGACCAAUAAAAUGUUUGGUAACUGGGAGAUCUUUCAUUCAUUUGUUCUAUAUCUCGCUAUAUCACCGCCUAUAUCUCUCAUUUCCACUUCCCCUGACUCUCAGUCUGAAGAAGGGUCUUGACUUGAAACAACACCUAUUCCUUUUCUCCAGACGCUGCCCGACCCAUCGGCCCGAUCACUCUAGCUUUUUGUCUAUGAAAAGGGAGUCUUGUUAAUUGCAAAAUGGGUUAUUGAUUUGUUGCUAGCUUUCUUACUGAUCGGUUUACAAUUGACUCAAAGUAUUUUUUAAAUGAAGCAAAGAACUUGUUUGAAUUUUAUCAAAUAAAAGAUCUCUUCAGUUAAUUUAAUUAUUUCAAAUUUAAGUUUGCCUCUGCCUGAACUGAGCUUCCCAGUGUUUUCUGUUUUCACUUUAAAUUUGUUUAAAUUCAUCUUUUGUAAUCACAUGUGGGCACACCAAGGCCUGGAAAAUGUCACCCGUGUUAUCCUAAGCUAUGUCUCUGUCGUUCAGACAGCAUGCAAGGAGAAAGUAGACAUCCAGCGUUAUAGUUGGAGCAUUUUUGUUUUGAGUGGAAAUGUGGACAUACAAAUGAAGAUUUCUUCUCUGGUAUUCCUUUUAGUAACCUCACUAUGACAGAGCCUGUAAUUGCUCUUUAUUGGAGCUAGGUUUCUGGCCAUCAUAAUAAACCUUAUAAAGAGUAGUCGAGUUCAGCUUCGGGUGUGUUGGCGUGAGGCGAUUAAUGGUUAGUGAUGACAUGGGCCUCAAAACAAACAGCAUGAAUGUAAUCAGGAAACAUGGGACAGUAAAUGCUGGAAACUGGAGCAAAACUAACGUUCCUAGAGGAACUCGGCUGGUCCAGCAAUAUCUACGGAGACAAAGGGAUGGUCAACACUUUGAGUGAAGACCCUGCCUCAGUCCUGAUGCAGGAUCUUGACUUGAACAUAAUUUGCCUGCGAGCAUACAAUCAGGAGAGACGAUGAGAGAUGUUAUGAAAUUAUUGAGUCAACGGUGAAAUCCUUGCUAAGCGAUAACAAAUUCUGGGACAUCCUGUUGUAGGGAAAUCAAACUUGGUGCACGUGUAGAGGAUGGGAAAAAUAUUUGAAUUAAAUGCAACAGCAACAGCAAUGGGAAUGGAAAAGCUGAUAAGAAUGGUUAAAAAUGUUUCCCUCCUUAUCUCUAAUUAAAAUGAAAUUGAUAGCAACCAGGUCCUUGAAACGUGCGUAAAUAAUAUGAACUUUCUCCUAUCACUACAUGAUUUUACGUUUAAUGGCCAUUAACUGGAAAACCUUUUCCAUUCUAUUAAUUCUGACACUGGUUCAGGGAUUGUGUUGAAUUGUGAACUAUUGGCAUUUUCACUUGACUGAAAGGUAAAUUUGUGGCACUGCAGUUAGUUUUACUUGUGUCACUCAACCUUAAUACUAAUCUUUGAUUGGCUACUGGCCAUUAUUUGUGGGUUUACUUAGUUCCAUGGAGUUAUAAAAAUUAUGUUUUUGCUUUUAUUGGAAGGAAUUUAUAUUCAUGCAUAUGUUAUGUAAUAACUUUUAUCAGUUGGGGGUAAUUAUAAAUCAAGUGUUUAACGUGAUUAAAUGUUAUUAUGUGCACUGGAGAAGCUGCAGGAAAUCUUGCUUUUUAAUUAUAGGAAGGGGCGAUUUAGUUGACGUUCGAAUUGCUGUAAUUGAAUUGAUUGAAAUCACUGGUGGUUAUUAUUGAAUCUUUAUUAUAUUACUGUCAUGCAUAAUUUAGUCAAGUAUUUCGACUAUCGUUUUAAAAAUGUAUUUAUUAGUCUUGCAUUCCAUUUCCAGUUUAUAUUACUUUAAAGUGAAGAAAUUCUCUUUCCAGAUUUCUAUCUUGUUCUAUUUGGAAUCAUGUUCUUAGACUCUGUAAAUACCUAAAGGUUCUUUACAAAAGAUUAUGUAUGUUGGGAAAUUGUUUUGUAUACAAGUUGUUUAAUACCAAAGAGAUUUAGGCUAUACCUGAAGGAUGUAUUUUGUAUUUCUAUCGAAUUGCUAAUUUUGAAAUGAUACAUGUCAACGUGCAAUAAACUUUAGCUGAAAAGAAA